GAGUGGAAGAGGGAAAAAUAAAACAUAUCAAUAAUCUGGGUGAAAGAGAUAAGAGACGUAAGAGAAGACUUUGGAAGCAAAAACAAAAGGAGGCAAGAGAACGCAGAAGUACAAUCCUGUCACUAUGGACAAAAUCUCCCGCAGAUCACACUUCACACAGGCAUGUUCUACACUGGGCAACAAAAAGCAGGAUUCUGCACAAUCUCGGAGUCAAAGCGUCAGGAUGCUGCAGCCAUAUGGACCUAUAUGGAUCAAAUCCUCACAGAUAUUCACAUCAGAUAUCCGGCUAUAAACACUAUCCACUUUUGGUCUGAUGGUCCAAGCAAACAAUAUAAAAAUAAGAAGAACUUCUUUCUCCUCUGUGUUGUCCCGCAACGUCUGGGAUUUGAGAAAGCUACAUGGAAUUUCUUCCCAACAUCACAUGGCAAAGGCGCUCCAGAUGGCAUUGGGGCGACGGUGAAGAGAUGUGCUGACAGUAUUGUGCUGAGAGGUCAGGAUAUCAUAGAUGGCAAAUUAUUCUUUGACAAGGUGUCCAACAGCUUAAGUGGUGUCAAGCUGCAAUUUGUGACAAAUGAAGAUUUUCAGUCUUAUGACUCUCUCCUCCUGCAAACCCUGAAAUCAAUUCCAGGAACAAGAAACAUUCACCAAGUGCUAGCUCAGGGGAAUGUCAUCCAUUGUAGGUUCCUUUCAUGUUUUUGCGGAGAGCCACAGAUUUGCAAGUGCUUCAGUCCCACCAUUCACUCUUUUGGCAACACAACACAGGACCCAGAUGUCCAUGAAAGUUCAACCACUGCUAAAGUUCAAAAUCCUCUGGAAAUGCUGAUGGAGGAAAUGGAGAAGGAGCCGAGCAAGACACCUAAAGGAACAACAACCCUGAUAGAUCCUUGUGAUGUCCAAAGUGAAGACUGGCUUGUUGUGAUGUAUGAUGGAAAAUGGUGGCUGGCUAAAGCCUUACAAAUUGACAAAGAGCACGAAGAUGUACAAGUGGAAUUUUUUCAUCCUCAUGGACCAACUCUUAGCUUCAAGCAAAAACAAGGUCGUCGGGAUAUCUGCUUUGUGCCAUUUUCGGAUGUCCUAGUUAGGCUGAGAAAACCAUCCUCACCAGUCCGCACAAGCAGCACCAGGGGUGUAUACCGCAUUUCACCAGCUGUUAUGGAUUUUAUUGAAGGAGAAUAUGUGACACGUCUAUUGCCUGGGGAUUAAAUAUUCUGACUUUUAAGCGAUUUAGAAAGAUAUGAAUUAGUUCACAAUAUAUUUCAAAAAGUUCUGUCGUGUAUAUUUUUGUUUGUAUUCAUCUUUUACAUUUUGAUUGAAAAUCGUCCUGGUUGAUGACUUCAGUGACAAAGGUACAUUCUCAAAAAUUUAGAUGUUCCUUGAAAUCUAAAUAUGGUUAUUUCACAUUUUUUCUUCAUAUCUUCACAUUCUACAACAUUUCAGCAUUUAAUUCUUCUUAAAUGUCAUUUCAAGUUCAGUGUUUUCUUUUUACUUACUAGUUUGUCACCACCAUCAGUUUUGUGUCAACACCGUCAUGUGCCGUCAACUCUGUCAGAUGUAGUUUAUGUUGCAUUUUGUUUAAAAUAACAUUUAUUUUGUUUCUUGAUAGGCAUUUGUUUGUGAAAUGUCUGAAUUCAUGUAUUUGGUGCAUAUGUGUUUUUUACUAAUAAAUGACACUGUUCAUUGUGGUGAUUACUUUCAAAAUUGUUUUUUGUAUCAAUUGAACUGGAGUAAUUAAAUACAGACUAAAUAAAUGUUUAAA